UUUCACCUUUUUAUUCAGAUUGUUCUGGUUAUUGUUGUUUUAAUCGUUGGGUGUUUAUUUCUUUGUUGCAUGCUUGGUGUUUUUUGGUAUCUUUAUUCGCAGAAAAGGAAUGAAAGGACAGAAUCUUCAAAUGUUCAAUAUUAUCCUUAUUAUGUUCCACCAGCUACAAGAAUUGGAAAAGAUGGAGAAUUGGGAACACAAUUUAGAUAAUUUUUACUAUUCACAAUUAUUUUGUGAAGGAUUUUAAAUCCUAGUCUCGAAUUUUCGAAAAAACCUCCUCUAAAAAACCAAAAAUAUUUUAUUUUCCAAAAAUUAUCUUACAAAUUUCACUUAAACUUUAUUGAAAUAAAAGAAAUUUUUAAUAAAAAUGUUUUUAUUUUUAAAAUAAAAGCGGGUAAAGCUUUUCCUUUCCAAAGGCUAAUCU